GUUUUUACUUCUUUUCGCAGCAGCAGACAAACUUCUGUGAACUUGAAAACAAAUUGCACUCGUAAAGAACAAAUAAAAUCUUUAAAUAAUUUGCAAAUUCAAAAAUAUAUAUACUGAAAAGUGUAAAAGAAAAAUAUAUUUAUAAAAAAACACUGUUAAUAAGGAAAAUAGAAGCAAAAAGUUAAUAGAAAAAAAGUAAUUUGUGUUUUUUUGUAUGACAAGGUUACACACAGAUAUUUGGCAUUGUUGCUAGUGUGUGUAUGUGUAUGUCUCUUUAUAUUCGUACACCACCUCUCUAAUUAUGAGCGAAACUUUACAUUUUAAUUCAAAACAAUAUAACAGUGUGAGUGUGUGUGUUUUACUACAUUACUGUUGUAAUAAAUAACAGCAAAUACAAAAUAAUAAUAAAUAAAUAUAAAAAAGAAUAAGUACAAAAUCUAAAUGUAUUAUAAAAUCGCCUUCUUCUUCCAAUUGUUAUGAAAAGAAAAAUAAACAAGAAGAAUUUUAUAAAAACACAAAUUUGCCUCGUAAACAAUUAAGACAGCAGCAUAAAUAACUAAACUUUCAUAUAAAAAACGUAACCAUUUAAAAAAAACAAUACCAUUGUUGUUUUAUUACUAUCUUUGCCAAUCAUCUAUAGUUAUAAUCUUAAAAAAAAAAGAACAAAAACAACAACAAACAAAAAUUAAUAUCAACAAUUGAGAAAAUGAGGAGCUGCUGUAUUGCAAACAAAAUCUAUGAACUAUGACGCAUCAAUCACAUCAGACUAACGGCGCUAGUUUGGAGGAUUGCCAUACAAACUUUUUUGCCUUGACUGAUUUAUGCGGUAUAAAAUGGCGCAAAUUUGUUAACAAUGAGCGACCAAAUGCAUCCAGUGAUCCACUGGAUGAUCCUAUCUUACGCUCCUAUUCAAGAUGUAUGCAAGCUGACAUUCUAUGUGUUUGGAGACGUGUUCAGUCUACCAGACAAGAUAACUCGGAUCCAAGUGCAAUGUUUGAUGUUAACACCUCAAAAGUGCAUCCACCUCUAUCACUAGCGGCCGCCAAAGAAUUAUGGAUAUUUUGGUAUGGCGAGGAGCCAGAUCUUACCGAUCUGGUGGAUGCGGAAUUAUUAAAAGUGGCUGGCAAUCAAAUGAUGUGGAAUGGCACAUGGGAACGUGGUCUAACUUAUGAAUGUCGUUCAUUACUUUUUAAGGCACUUCAUAAUCUUAUCGAAAGAUUUGUGCUUACAAAAGAUAUUGUACGUUUUGGCAAAUGGUUUGUUCAACCCUGUACUUCAAAUGAACGAAUAUUUGGAAGAAGCUCUCAACAUUUAUCAUUCUCAUUUACAUUCUUUGUACAUGGAGAUACUGUAUGUGCAUCUAUUGAUUUGAGAGAACAUCCAGCAGUGCGUCCAUUAACCAAAGAACAUUUAACUGAAGCUGCCGCUGCAUUUGCAGCCGCGGCCUCAAAUGCAAAUUCACCUGAACAACAAACAUCACCAAAUUCACCCAAUGCUGCAGCUGCUCAUGCAGCCGAGGGUAUUAAAAAUGAAAAUGCAUCAUCUAAUAAUAACAAUAAUAAUAAUAAUACCAGCAACAAUAAUAGUAACAACAAUAGCAGCAGCAACAAUAACAACAACAGCAAUAGCGUUAAUCCAAAACCUCGUAAAGUAAUAUUGGCACCAUUUGGUAUGGCAGCCACUCUAACGGGCAACAGUUAUAAAACAAAUGAUCCAAUGGCUGAGAAAAUACUUGAUGACUGGGCUUCAUUUUUCCCAUUGUGCAAUAAAGAGAACAGUGAUGUGCCACCAGUUGUAGAAGUUAUAGCUGGCGGUCAUAAAAUGUAUCAUCCGUCAAUUUAUGUACUAGUCACUGAUUUGGAUGAUAUGGAAGAAAUGGAAGCAGCUGCCUCUCAGAAGUGUCCUCUCGGAACGUCUUCAUCAGCGGAAGCUGCUGCUUUGGCAGCACUUUCAUCAGCUAAUCAAACAACGUCUGGUGGUGGUGUUAGCACCCACAAUAACCACAAUUACAAUGACUCUAGAAAACCUCUAAUGGAAAAUUUUUCCAAUAAUAAACUACCAACCAUAAAUGGAACAAAGUCAUCUUUAGCUCAUAUGGUUGAACGUUUAAAAAUAGAUCGCAGUAAAGUUCAACCGUAUUAUGAUACACAAACACGUAAUUUCACCUGCAAUACGACAAAUAUUCAUGCCCCGCCACAGGCAGCAUGUGAAAUGCCUGAAAGAGCUUGGCAAGAUUGCGUCACAAAUGUUUUGCAUGUCCAACAUAGUUUAAAUGGCACAAUUCUGUCCACCUCCUCCUCUUCAACUUCAUUAUCCGCUAACACCAACAACUCAUCCACCUCUAACACAACUUCCUCCAAUACGUCAACAACAUCAGCCGCAACAACUACGACGUCAAUGUCAUCUUCGGGCAUUAAUAGUAAUAAUAAUGAUAAUGCUACGUCAAGCGAAGGAAUGGAUCAAACGGAUAAUGUUUCAAAUAGUGUUGACAUUAAACCAAAUACUACAACUUUAUCUCAAAAGCAACAACAUCAACAGAUAUGGGGUUUUGUGGAUCCUACACAAAAAGCUCCAUGUAUAUGCACAAAUUUUCAAUUUAGCUCAAAAUCAACAUUAACAACAGCAGUUACUGCGUCCUCCUCAACAUCGGUAAACAUUGCCGCAAGUGGUAAUAUGGGUGUCACACCAACAACUAGCGUUGGCUUGUCGUGUUUGAGUCCUUCUUCAACGUCUUCUAUGGCAGCGGCGGUAGCUAUGCGUUUAGGCAGUAGUUCCAUGGCAAUGGCUUUAAAUAAAACUCAUACAUUUGGUUCGUCUACUCUGCAUCUCAAUCAUACACAACAACAACACCAAUUCAGUGGUAGUAAUUCUGCAGGAGCCGUUAGUCAUCAUACAAGACCUUCUACACCCUUAAGCCAACAACAGCAGGGCGAUAACAUGAAAACCAACUCAUUACGUAUACAAAGAAUACCAUUUCAUAAACGACAUUUGGAUAUUACUGUUCAUGAUAGCUGCGAUGUUGUAGACAAUAUUGACGGGUCACAACAGCAACAAUGCAGCACUUCUAUUCGCUUUUCAAAUACAUCUAUAAUAACAACAAGCACCAGCCAAAAUAAUAAUAAUAAUAGUAGUACAAAUUCUAAGAAUUCUUUCUCCUCUCAAUUCACUACCAGUAAUAAUACUACUGCAACCACCAACAGCACGACCAUUUCUUCAAAUAAAUCCAAUAAUCCUGCCGCUUGUUAUACAGCAUCAUUUUAUCAAAGUUCUUCUUGCUCUUCAGACACUAUACCAAAACAAAGGUUUGUGUUGUCUUAUUUAAACUUCUCUACUAUAUAGAUAUUUCUCGACAUG